AUGAAGUACGCAUCCAUCAGGGCAGCCAAUCAGAGCAGUUCCUGUGUGAUUGAGAGGAAAUGGGUCCUAAUGGGAUCAAGCCCCACCCUUCUGGAUUAUGGAGAGGUUCUGCUGUCUCUGCUACCUUUGGAGAGGAGGACCACUCAUUUGUUCAGUUACAUCUGUGAACUGUCUCUGCUCUACUCUGCACUCGCCACACCUCCACCUGCCAAACUGGCCUGUGCUGUGCUGCUGCUGACACGAGCACUACAUAACUAUGCACCUAUCUGGCCCUGCCACUUAGUUGACUACACAGGCUUUUCCAAAGAUGAUCUUGUUCCACUUUGUUUGCUGCUUCAUGUGAAAUGUUUCAGUCAGGAUGUUCCCAAAGAUUACAGGCAUGUAUCUCUUACUGGUGUGAAACAGCGUUUUGAAGAUGAGGCCUACCGAUGUAUCAGUAAAGAAAAGGUGAUGGAUUUUAAAGAGCUGUGUCAGAUGUUGGAGAUCCCAGAAGAGAAGCCACAGGUGGAACCACUCAGUCCCACAGCCAGUGCAGAGGCUUGCACUUUCCUGGCCUCACCAUCCAGCACCAGCAAAAGAAGACGUGAUGAUGGUGUGCACACAAAUAGAGGCAGUUUCAUGUCUACGCCCACAGCAGAGCUAUCCAACCCGGAAGAAACACUGCUGGGAGAUAUCUUGGACUGGAGCUUGGACACUUCCUGUUCUGGAUACGAGGGGGAUCAGGAGGAGAGUGAAGGAGAAAAAGAUGCUGAAUCCUCCAUGAUUUCUCUCAAACUGCACCCAGUGACUGAUGCGGAUAGCAGACAGCUGCACUGCCGUGCUAUGUCCAGUGAUGAGGACAGCAUCUGUGAGACUGACCAGGAACUUGUGGAGACCACAGGCUCACCAUGCAUUUCAUCAUGUGCUAAUCUACAGAGUUCAGGAUAUUCAAGUGUGAGCCCCUCUUCAUCAUGCUCCUCCUCAUCUCUCAUCCCCUGCACAUUAAAAAAUGUCACCUCUAAUUUGGGCUCAUCCUCUGCCAAUGCUCAGCACGGCUUCCGUCUUCUAGUGCCCAUGCAUCGACCUAGAGGCACUUCGAGCAAGCAAGUUAAAAGAAAAAAUAAAGCAGCUCACAGUGGAGGUGAGGUAGACAGAACAGACGAAGAAGAAAAUGGUGUUGGAUUUCUGAGUUUAUAGGAAAAGUGGUUGUGAGUGGAUACACUUGCAAAUGGCAUGGUCAGUUGUGUUUAAGCACUCUAUACACUAGAUAAUCAUUGCCCAAAAGACUCUCAAGACAAUACAUGAAUAUUAACAUAUAGAGUAUGUUAUGUUUACUGGAAAAGUAUACCUCAAAAGCCUUAACAGUAUAACCAGUGAACUGGUUACCUCUGAAACCACUGGAAAUUAAAUUCCUCAGGACCAAUUUUGUAAACACGUUGCUCAGCACAGUUUCUAAUGCACUGAUGUUUGUACAACUUGUACAAUGUUACUUACUUUGCUGUUCAUACAUUUUGUUUUUACUAAAGGUACUGUAACGUCCUUAUUUAUAUGCUAUGUUAUGAAGGGGCCAUAAAAAAUGACAACAUCAGUUCCAAUACAUUUCUACAUGCACACUCGAGCCAGUGCUGACAAAUGACUCCUGUGAAACUUGUAUUUAACACUUCUCUGAUUGCACAAUCAAUAAAAAUUAAAAUAUUUUAAAAGGGAAGUGAAAGAGCAAACACUAAGUUUUAUAACUAAGUUGAUCCAAACCAAAAAUUAAAAAUUCUUCUGGCAAAGAAAAAGUUUUUCAAGACUAGUCACCUGUAGCCAUGGUAUUAUAGGUAAGGAUGUAUACAAUUUCACCAUUGUACUUAAAUGCUUUUAUGAGGGAAGGUAGUUUUAAUUUUUUGAUUGUGCAGACUCUUGUGCAUUGUAAAUAAAUACAAAUGUAAAUAAAUGCUUUCUUACAAAUA